AUGCUGGCGCGCACCGCGGCGUCGCUCGAGCGGAAGGUGGAGGCCGUGGAGCGCGACAUCGGCGCGAUGGAGGAGGAGUACAUCACGAGCACGUGGGCGCAUGGUAACGUGUUGAGGGGCUGGGACGGGUUUGUCAGAAGGGUGGAUAGGGGCAAGCAGAUGAAGGGUGGUGGGAGUGGCACGGCGACUGGUGCGCCAAAGUAUAGGAAGUCUAGGCCUAGCGAUAGGAUCUUUAGCCUGAGCUCCGCGACUAGCAAGUUUCGAAGGGAGAAUCCGGACGUACAGAUUCAGAAGCGACCGCCGGACAAGAAGAAGAAGAAGAAGCGGUAA